AAUAAUAAACAUAUAAAUCAUUUAAAUAAAGAAAAUACAAACGAUAUAAAUAAUAAACAUAUAAAUAAUUUAAAUAAAGAACAUAUAGAUGAUGAAGAAAAAAAUGACCUAAAUAAUGUUGAGGAUGAAAAGAAUAAUAGUCAUAAAAAAUUAACAAGUGAAAACGAAUCCCCAAUUGAUUUACAUACAGAUAAUAAUAAAACAAACAAAGACAUAAAUACAACUGAUGAUAAUAAUACAAAUAAACAACCCCCUUUUGAAGAAAAUAAUUUCUUUGAUAAUAAUUUUUCAGAUUUUCAAAAGGCUCAAGAAAAUUCUGACAAACAAAAAAAUAAUAUUUCACUCAAUUCUAUAUAUAAUGAUAUAAAAAACUAUGAACAAGAAUUUUUAAAUAAUUUAAAAAAUGAUCAACAAGUACAAGAAAUAAAUUUAUUAAAUAAGGAUAACACAAAUUUAUUAGAACAAAUAAAUUUUAAUAACAUAGAAUCUAUUUCAAACUUUUUAAAUAAUUAUAAAAAUAAUUCUUCUGAAAAUCAUUUAUUGAAUUCUUGUAUGAAUGAAAAUAUACAGUCAUUUAUAGAAGAAGAAAAAAAAUAUAACAAAAAAAAUAAAAUUAAUAAAAAUUAUAUUAAUCAGUCUAUGUUCUUGAAUUCGUUACAUCCAAAUUUUAGUCAAAAAAUAUGUAAGUCAAUAUUUAAAGAAUAUUCUAAACAAGGACCAAGUCACGAAUCAGGUGAUAAUCCAAGAAAGUAG